UGUUUGGAUGGAUGGACAGACAGACAGACAGACAGACAGAUGGAGAAUCAAAGUGACUAGCCUCCACCCUUUCCCGACUCUACUUCCUGUCUGUACAGCAUGACGCAACUUCCACGUACGGAUGGGACAGACAAAAUGGCACUUAUCUAUAGAUGUUUGGAUGGAUGGAUAGACAAUGGACAGAUAGACAGAUGGAGAGAAGGACAGACAGAGAGAUGGACAUACAUACAUACAGACAGAUGACAGACAGACAAUGGACAGACUUACAGGCAGACAGAUAAUGGACAGACAAGUAGACAAACAGACAGAAAGAUGGACAGACAAGUAGACAAACAGACAGAAAGAUGGACAGACAGAUAGACAGAUGGACAUACAGACAGACAGACAAAUGGACAGACAAGUAGACAAACAGACAGAAAGAUGGACAAACAAUACACAGACAGGAGAGAGAGGACAGACAGAGAGAUGGACAUACAAACAGACAGAUGAACAGACAGACAGACAGACAAUGGACCGAUAAGUAGACAAACAGACAGAGAGAUGGACAUACAAGCAGACUGAUGGACAGAUUCAUGAAUGAAAGAAGACACUAAUCCUGUACAAUCCCUCCAUCCCUCCACAGUAAAGAUCUACAUUUUGUAUUUUGUUUCAGUUGCUGUCAGACCGUCUGUUCGUGCUUCUACCAACUUGGUUCAAGCACAGGACACGGAGAUGCCAAAUUUCCUUGGAGUUGUAAAGGAAGUGAUGACGUCUCUAUCAGCCCAGUCAGACAACAAAGGAACAUCAAAUUUGACUUUUAGUGGGCGGAUAGUCACACUAAGAGAACUGAUAGGACAUGUGAAGAAGAUUGCAUAUAUUUGGAAGGUUGGAUCAAUGAAUGGAAUGUCAAAGUAGUGUCCAGCAAAAUCAUGCCACUAUUCAAGCUGCUAGUGCAACAGCUGUGACAUUUGUUGACCAGUUUACGAUGCUGUAUAAUUAAAUUCUAACCAGUUAUAGUCAUUACCGGUUGGAUAUAAUAAUAUAAAUACACACACACACACACACACACACACACACACACACACACACACACACACACACACACACACACACACACAC